UUUCUUUCCCACACGGCAGGGGGUUGUUACAUGAAUCCACUCUCCGGCCAGGAGGGGUCACACCAGCACUAAGUCUCCGAGGAGCAACAGGCCGGUGCUUUGCAGGUGGUGAGCCAGCGGCACUGGCUGCCCGCGGGUGUUGCGGCACCUUGCCAGGCGCGGCUGCCCGGGCAGGGCAGGGCAGUGCCGGGCGGUGCGGCCGGAGGGUGCCCGCCCCUGCGCCGCACAGCCCGGCCGGCCGGGCGGGCGGGGAUGGCGGGCGAGCCGGCGGCCGGGCGCGGCGCGGAGCAGCCCAAACACGAAGACAGACUCUCAGUUUGCAGUAAAUUAUGCUAUGCAAUUGGGGGUGCUCCAAAUCAAGUUGCAGGGAGUGCCACUGCUUUCUUCCUGCAGAUCUACCUGUUAGAUAUAGCACACAUUACUCCGUUUCAUGCCUCUCUGGUGCUGUUCAUUGGCAAGGUCGGGGGUGCAAUUACUGAUCCUGUGGCUGGCUUUUUUAUUAGCAAAAGUAAAAAGACAAAAAUUGGCCAACUCAUGCCUUGGAUGCUUGGGUGUACACCCUUCACAAUCGUGUCCUAUUUCUUCAUGUGGUACUUGCCUCCUUUUGUAGCAGGAAGAGUUAUUUGGUACCUGAUUUUCUAUAGCCUUUUCCAAGCAUUAACCACAUUAUUCGAAGUACCGUAUUGUGCCCUCACCAUGUCUCUCAGCUCAGACCAGAAGGAGAGAGAUUCUGCAACAGCAUACCGAAUGACUAUGGAAGUCCUUGGCACCCUGAUUGGAGCCGCGCUCCAGGGGCAGAUUGUGGCAAGUGCUCAUGCCUCUGAUCGUUGUACUGUGUAUCGCACUGCAAACACAACCGAGUAUCCUCAAUCCCUACACAACAUUUCCAGCUUUCCUGAGCCCUUGGGCUUCCUGUCUCACGGGGCUAAAGUCUAUAUGAUUGCAGCAGGAGUAAUAGGAGGGGUGUAUCUACUGGGGACUGUCAUCCUUUUUAGUGGAGUAAAGGAAAAGGACGAUCCUUACGCCUUAAAUGCAGACCAAGCAAUUCCUUUCUUUAAGGGACUCGGACUCACAAUGAAGCACGGGCCAUACAUAAAACUUACAGCUUCAUUUCUUCUCAUCUCGACAGCAGUUCAGCUUGAGCAGAGCAACUUUGUCCUGUUUUGUACCCACAUGACUGAACUUCGCAACAGCUUCCAGUAUUUAGUGGUGACCAUCUUGGUGUCAGCAGCAGUGAGCAUUCCCUUCUGGCAGUGGUUUCUGCAGCACUUUGGCAAGAAAAGUGCAGCAUGUGGGAUUUCGUGGAUGAUCCCGUUCGCAGUCAUGCUGGUUAUAGUCCCACAUCUGAGCGUGGCUUAUGUGGUGGCCUUUGUCUCUGGUCUGAGCAUUGCAGCAUCUUUGUUGUUGCCAUGGUCCAUGUUGCCUGAUGUUGUUGAUCACUUCCGCCUGCUGAAUCAACAUGUAAAGAGGCCUGAAACCCUCUUCUAUUCUUCGUAUGUCUUCUUCACCAAGGUGUCAGCAGGGAUUGGAUUAGGACUGUCUUCAGCAAGCCUUGAGUUGGCUGGAUACAAAGGAGGGGCCUGCAGACAAUCCAGCAGUGUGAUCUUUGCAUUGAAAAUCCUGAUUGGGAUAGUGCCGACCAUCCUCAUUCUUCUAGGUUUAUUCAUACUCCUUUUCUACCCAAUCACCGAAAAAAGUCGAAAGGAAACCAAGCAGGCGCUUGAACAGUUAAGAAGGAACCAUCCCAGUUGUAACAACCUGUUUGAAAAUGAAGGUAAUACCCUGAUAUGAGAAUCCAGAAAGCAGCGGCUUUCAAAGAAGAACCUUCGAUUCCAGAUCACCGUACCAGUGUUCGGUUAUCCUGUAGAUAAGUUAUCAGAAGAAUAAAUGGACUGGCCUUGAUUGACAAAACCAGGAAGAUUCUGAGUUGAGUUCAAUGAAUGCAACUUCAUGCCCCACCUGAAAAAGGUGUUAGCCAUGCUGAAUCAGUAUUAACCAAAUCCCCAGCACUGUUGAGGAUAACAUGCAGCUGAAGCAGCUAUUGGGACAUAAGGCAAAGAUGCCGUGGUCAGGGAAGAUCUCAUGGAACUGCUGGCAAAAGCAAUAUCCUAAUGUGCUUAGCCGAUUACUUUAUUCUGACCUGCGCUGUCUUUGUAGUCUCUGCUGAACUCAGGAUUUUCUUUGCUACCUGUCCUACCCUAUUUGUCUUUGUUGCCCUUCACCAUAGUAGUGGCUGCAUCUUGAUAGUUGAUGGAUGUGAUCCCUGGGGGGCUUAUAUAGCAGUUUGUUUGCAAAAGCACUUAGGGAACCUGGAGGAUGAAAUGUCCUAAAUAGAUGCCUGAAUUAGUUCUUUUUUAAAUGAAAAUCCCCAGGUGCAGUUUGGGACAGUCAUGUCAUGAGGAUUUUCCCAUGCACUGUCACUCCAAACUGGAGUGAUUUUAUUUUAAUUUGGGGAGCUACUGCCAAAAAAUGUUUUCUAAUGUGACUAGUGAUUUUGGGUGCCUGACUUUUUGGCUGUGCCACUUAACACACAGCUGUGGUCCUGACUGUGACAGUGUCAGUGCUCAUCACUUUCUGACAGGCACCUUUAAGGCAUCUCACAUUGAGGUACUUAAGGUCAGUAGUCACUUUGGGAACUGUAGACAGUAACAUCUUGUAUUUAUCUGCCUUCAGUGGUGAAUGCGUGUAUGACUUGCAUGAGACAUUGCUUCUCCGUACAGAGAGCUGCCCUUCUCCUAUUGACGUGCUGCAGCAGUGUUACAGUUCUCAACACACAUACUGCAUUUUACAGUAAUGAUACUGUACCAGUCGCACAGUUGGUGCCUUUUUGAAUCAGGGAAAUCAUAAUGUGUUAGACGGACAAGGUUCCUUGGGUGAAUUUGAUAUCUUUUAUUGGACCAACCCAAAUGGUUGGAGAGAAGGGUUUUUGAACCCGAAAGCUUGCUUAAUAACUAUUCUCCAGCCAUUUGGGUUGGUCUAAUAAAAGAUAUCAAAUUCACCCAAGGAACCUUGUCUGCCUAUGUCCUUAGACCAACACGGCUACAACCUAAACCCCUGCAUAAUGUGUUGAAGCAUUAAUGAAAGCCUCAUCAUACCUCUGCCUGGAGGAUGCAUUACUGGGCAUGUUUUACAAAGGGAGAUUGGCACACAGAGAUCAAGGGCUUGUGCACUCAGGGAAGGUAGCAUGCUGUUAGCUUAUUGCGCACUAGCUACUCCAACUAAAAAUGCCAUGCAGGCACUCAGUCCAUGCUAAAUGUGCCUUCGCACAGUGCAGGCUUCUGCCAUUCGGAAGCACUUGAUCUAGAGCACACUGGCAUCUACAGGAGCUGGUUUAGGCCAUGAUUGCUUCCAGGUCACCCAACAAGUGAACAGUGAUAAUGAGCCCAGGAUGGUCUAAAAUCAGUAGUGCUCAAUCUUCUAGCACUGUGGGCUGAGUGCGUGACACAGGGCUGAUUGUGGAUCAACUGCAUAGUUGGGCCUAUACAUUGUGCCGUACACACCAGGAUUCAUAAACUUGCUGGGGUAUUAAUCCUAGCUUGGCCCCUGCUUCUAGCAAAAAUGUCAAAAAAAAAUCAUCAAGUUUAGUGUUCUUGACCUCGUGCAUGGCAGCAUUCAUGGGCCCAAAUAAAAUAGAAGAAUUAUAGAUAAAAGAUAUAACUGGGUAUUUUUGGAAUUUUCAAAUAUAGAGUUGUUCUAUUUUAUUUGAUUAUCAGAAUUAUAUUUUUGUUGAUGAUAUGAAUGUAUUUUUCUAAAUGAGAAGCUUAAAGAAUGAGUUUGGAAAAGAAAGUAGAGUUGGUAUUUUCUGUGAUUUUUUUCCUCAAGGAUCAAUGUCGGUACUGUGAAAAAAAUGAAUGUGUAUAUUCCUUCUUUCAGCACUGUUUAAACAAUCACACUCAUUGUAUCUGGGAUUGGAACAAUCAGAUCUCUGUAUUGUCAUCUGUCUGCAUUAAAUGUUUACACAAAGUA